CGACGCGAAGCUCGAAAGUUGUAAACGGAAAAAUUAUAAGGGGCUCGAAUUCUACCACCCCAUUGACGACAUCAAGCGCUGGAUGAGCGCUGUCAAGGACGGAGAGAAAUCGUCCAAUACCGCCAGGCUGCUAGAGAUGGUUGACGACCCCUCCAUUUUCUCCCCUACCAGCCCUGACCAAAUCAAUAAUGCCCUGAUCGUCUUCGCCAUUCUCCUCCGACUCAAUUGUGGUAACUUGAUCCACACCUUCAAGCAAUACAUUCGGGACGAUUUCCUUGACAGCGACCUGUCCCCUUACAUUCUGAACGCGCUGAAAUCCUCCGGCCUCCAGUUUCCAUCUGAUAUUCUCGUUCAGUUCGACAAGGAGAAAUGGGCAUUCUGCCCCGCCAAGAUAGAAGACAUGCACGAUCAGACGAAAGCACUCGACCAAGACACUGCCCGCUGGAUACUACCUUUCUGCAAGAGAAAUAACAUUGGUAAAGGCGGCACCGCUGUCGUUGACGAAGUGUUGAUCCAGGAGGAUCUCGUCCCCGACACCUUCAAGGACAUGCUGAGAGGCUGCAAAUACGAGGACAAGGUAUUUGGCUGGUGCUACCAACUUGCCAUCAAGUCUUUCCAGCAGGAAGCCCAAGAUGUCUUCAAAACCGAAAUAACAAACUUUAUGGGCAUCAAGAGCUUGCCAGGAGUGGUACAAUACAUUGGCUGCUUCAAACUCAAAGAGCCAAACGCCCAGGGCGUUCUCCGAACCACUUCCAACAUUCUGCUCGAGUAUGGCGAGCUCGACCUCGAUGAAUACCUUGCAAUACAAUACCCCCCAAUCCUGAACUCGGAGAUAAUAAACUUUUGGGAAAACAUCUUCCAGGUCGCCAUGACACUGGCAAAACUCCACAACUUCGAGUACCAGCGUCACGACGGAAGCACAACGACCUUUGACGGGUAAGGUCUAUGACACUCUCCCCCUGUACUUCAAUUCUCCGACCCUGAUACCGACCUCUGUAGGUGGCACGGAGACGUCAAGCCAAGCAAUAUUCUUUUUGUUCAGGGCAAAUGCAAGCUUGCCGAC